AUGGCGAGAUCCAGCAUAAAACGCCUGGCUGUGACCCUCAUGGAGGCCUCGACCGAUAAGGACCCCGAUGUACAGGAGCAGAUCUACAGCUCCCUGUGCUUCAUGGGGGAGACGGCCCCGCAGGAGGUUCUGGAGGCAUGCGAUUCAUACCUGCGCCAGCAUGACAAGUUGACGUCCAUCCAUCGCACCAUCAUCUUGAGAGCAAUGGAGACCGUGGUGAAGAACAGUCUGAACGACCUGAGCAAGGAGACGGCCAGACUGACCAUUCUGCUGGCGUCCAGCGAGAUGACCAAGUCUAAGGACGUGGUCUUCGAGUGGCAGCAGGCCGCCAGCAGCGUGCUUGUAGCGGUCGGGAGAUGUUUCAUCAACAGCGUGAUGGAGGAGAUUCUGCUGAAGUUCCAGCCGGGGAUUCUCCCUCACUUCUUCAUCAUGCAGACACUGGCCAACCUCUCCGUGGCUAAUGUUUUUGGGAUGGUCCCGUUCCUGAACUCCAUCCUGGGCACGAUGCUCCCCAUGUUGGGGAUGGCGAAGCAGGACCCCAUGAAGGCCGUGUUCUGUGUCGCCCUGCAGCAUUUUAGUGAGAGUAUUCAGGAAUAUCUCGCCAACCUGGACAAGGCCCCGGACCCUACAGUCAGGAAAGACACCUUCUCCAGUGACUUGUUCAACGCGUAUGACAUCCUGUUCAAUAACUGGCUGCAGAACCGCGAGUCCAAGGUCAGGCUCGCUGUGGUUGAAGCUCUUGGUCCUAUGAGUCACUUACUUCCUAAUGAGAAGCUGGAGGAACAACUUCCCCGUCUCCUCCCGGGCAUCUUAUCCCUGUAUAAGAAGAACGUGGAGCCGUUCUACGUGACCAAGAGCCUGUGUCAGAUCCUGGAGAGCGCGGUGUCUAAUGAGAGUCGCACACUGGAGCCUCAGAUAGACUCGGUGCUGUCGGUGCUGCACACCCAGAUCUGCUCCUCCAUGGAGGCGCCCACACAGAUGCUGGCGAGGAAUCGGAACGAGGCCCUGCGCUGCUUCACGGUGCUCGCCUCCAUCUUCCCGGAUCACCUGCUGUCUUUUCUGCUCCCCAAACUGGAGGCCAAUAACCCCAAAACACGUGUGGGGACCCUGGUAGUCCUGAAGCAAGUCAUCAACUCUGCCGCGUCUUUGAUGGAAGUGAAGAAGGCGCUGAUUCUCGCCGCAGUCAGGUCGCCGCUCCAGGACGGCAGCAACCAGGUUCGGAAAGCGAUGGUGCAGCUGAUCAGCGCGAUGGCGCACCACCGAUACCUGGAGCAGCCGGGGGGAGAGGUGAUGCUGCAGUACAUCAUCCGGCUGUGCUGUAUGACUCCGGAGAGCUCGCCGCGGCGGCAGAACUCCCAACAGGAAGAAGUGACUGAAGAAAGUGUGAGACGGAUCAGCAUCAACACCCUGUACCUGAUCAGCACCACGGUGGAGCGCAUGAGCCACAUCCUGUGGCCCUACCUGCUGGAGUUUGUGGUCCCCAUCCAGUUCACCAAUGCCCUGACCCCCGUCUGUAAGAGCCUGGUCCAUAUGGGGCAGAAGAAGCAGGAGGAAGGCGUGGAGCAGCUGCUCAUCAACUACAAUGUGAACGUGAAUCUGCCGUCUCCACACGCUUUAUUUGCUCGUCUCCUGGUGGUGUCGGCCUCCCUAGAACCCAGCGAUGGCAGGAACGCCGCUGCUCUCCGUCUUCUGUCCAUCAUGCAGAUUAACAUCCACCCGACUAUAGGACCGUGCUGGGAGCAGGAGAUCCCUCCGCUGCUGCACCUCCUAGAAGAAACGAAUGACAAACUUAAUCAGCAGACGGCAUGGGAGGAACGGUUACUGAAGCUCCUGGUGGACUCGCUGCUGGCCGUGUCAGAUGACCUCUGGAUCUGUCAGUUGUCACAGGAGAUGAGGAAACAACUGAACAGUUACAACUCCUCCUCCCUGGAGAAGAACUUCCUCUAUAAAUGCAUCGGGAGCGUCCUGGGCACCUGUACCAACCGGGAGGUGGUCAGGAAGGAGCUGCAGGAGCUGCUCACCGGUGCCCACUACCAGGAUGAAGCGGAGCGAGAGGGUCUCGCUGUUGCUUUCGGCAUUUGCUCAGCUCAUCACCUGGAGGACACUCUGGACAAGAUGUCCGACUUCCUGAAAUCCGACUUCAUGAAGAAGUACACGGGAAUCUUCAACCUCUUCAAGGAUCGAGCAGAUGUCGACCUGGAGAAGAUCAAGAGCGCCCUCAUCCUGUGCUACGGUUAUGUGGCGGUGCACGCCCCCAUAGAGCUUGUGCUUCCUCGGGUUGAAUCGGAUAUUUUGCGCAAUGUCUUCCUUUACUUCCACACCAAGGUUCUGGGGAUAAAGGUAGAGCCCAAGGACUUGACCCUGAAGCUCUGCCUCAUCCGCACCGUCUCCAUGAUCGGCCUGGCAAUCUGCAGCAGCCCGCAGGCGGGGUUCUUCCACUUCAGCCGCAAGUCGGAACUGAUCUCUCAGCUGGUGGAGUUACUGAAGCUGGAGCCUGUGGACAGCCAGAAGUCUGCCCUGCGCCACCGUGCCCUCGCCGCCUGCUCCUACCUGGUUAAGCUGGAGCCUCCCCUGAAGGAUGCAGAGAAGACGGAGCUCGUCAGUACGGCGCUGUCCACCGUCAUCCCCCUCCCACCUGUCUCCAUCGGGACCAUGGGAGAACUGCACCAGGAGAUCCUGUAUCGGGACACGUUGGAUGCUUUGAAGGACUUGCUGAAAGGACUUCUCUGCUGGAACAUAACCCCUAACGGACUGGAGGAAAUGUUUGGAGUCCUGAUCCCCUGGAUCCGAUCCAGUAAGGAGCAUGAACGGGAGCGUGCCCUGGAGCUGAGCAGCGCCCUCCUUCAUUUUUACCUACACAAGCUCAACGUCAAUUGUGUGAUGACCUUCCAUAACCUGGGGCUUCUGAUCGGUAGGUUGUCCCCUCGCUGCUCGGACUCUCUCGCCUCCAUACGGCAGCACACCCUGGACUGCAUCUACUACCUGCUGUACAUCCAGCUGCGCUAUGAAGGUUUUGCUCCCGAUCAUAAAGAUGAACAAGUAGAGAAGCUGCAGACUCUGCGGGGCGGCCUCCUGAACCCUGACUCCAGUGUCCUGUUCCACACUUGCUUUGACAUCGCAAUGAUCAUCGGGAAGCGCCUCCCCCCUGAGCAGCUCACCAGCCUCCUCUUCAUCACCUUCGAGGGGCUCUCCGAUCCUGAUGCUAAUUGCUCCAGAGCGGCCAGUGUGAUGAUCAAUUCUCUACUGAAGGAUCGAGGAACCGUCUUGCUGUCUAAGGUCCCAGAGAUAAUUCUUCGAGUUAAGGAACAACUGGAGGAGACCUCGGAGGAGCAUGUGAGGAAGGCGGCGGUACAGACCAUGUACAUCCUGGCCACGCAGCAUGUGAAGGCCGUGGUGUCUAGCUUACUGUCCAGUCCUGUGCCCUAUGACAGUGAUAUGUGCACGCUGUGGGGGGCGCUGUCCUCUGAUCCUCCGCUCACGUCUGAGGUACUGAAUCUUCUUCUGGAGAAGAUGACGGGUGACGUCCCCUACAAGGAGUGUAAGACGUCUUUGCUGAGCUCCGCCUCCAGUCGGGUGGCCACCCUCCUGCCUCUGACUGCCACUUGUGCUCUCCGUGAGGUGCUGUCCCAGCCAAAGUCGUCCCCCGCUGUCCAGGAGCUCUACCCCCAGCUCUUUGUGGCACUGCUCCUGCAGGUCAGCUGUAUGGUGGGCGUCCAGCUGCCCAAGAACCUCGGACCGACCAAAGACAGGAAGAGUCAGAGCAGCAGGAACCUGGACCCAUGCAGCUCUGCGGUGGAGGCUCUGUACUUCAUGCUGGUUCAGGGAGGCAGCGAGGCUGUAGCUCUGAGUGUGGCAGCUGAUGGAGGCUGGGAGAAGAUGAAAAAGGAGGAGACUCAUCACAUGGGAGUGACAUCACUGAGCAGCUCCAUGGUGCGAUACGCCGGACCCAAACUACCAGACAUCAUAAAGAAACUGCAGUCCGCUCAGAGCAGUGCGUAUGAAAGCCAGCGGGUCACUGCCACCGCCUUCCUCGCCCAGCUCCUGCAGAGUAGUGAGCUCAGUGACCUCAUCUUUCUGGAGCCCCUGAUGGACAGCAUGACCAGCCGACUGAAGGACAGCAGUGUCACCGUGCGCAUGCUUGCCAUCCGUGGCUUGGGGAACAUUGCAAGUGGACAUCCUGAGAAGGUACGAAAACAUGGAUCCCACCUGCUAACUGCCAUGAUGAACGCCAUGGAUGACCGAGAAGACCCUGACCAUAUAGUGACCCAGGAGGCCAUGUCCAACAUGUCUCUUCUGCUACCUCAUGUGCAAGAGAAAGACAUGCACUCUCUUCUCGUUCACACCGCCAUCCGCAUCAGACCCUUCUUCGACCACGAGAGGGAAGAAUUGCGCACAUCGUCCAUUAUCCUGUUUGGCAAUCUCACGAAGUUCAGCUCCGGUGGCGGGGAAGAGACGCUGUUCGAGCAGAUCCUGAACGGUUUAGUGACGUUACUCCUACAUCUGCAAGAUCCAAAACCAGAUGUGGUUAAGGCCUGUAAGUUUGCUCUGCAGAUGUGCGCCCCAAGUCUGAACAACCAGGGUCUGGCGGACAUGUUCACCUCGCAUCUGCACCCCGACAGAGGACUGCACUAUGGGGAGUUCAUAAACAUCGUCUGCAAAAACCUGCUGCAGGGCUAUCCUGACAUGGUCCCUCGUCUCAUCCAGACCAACAUCUCCUACUUCAAGAGCAUCUGGUCGGAUCUACGGGCAGCCGCCCCGUUAUUCAUCGGGUUCUUGGUGUUGCACAUGCAGCCGGAUCAGUGCAGAAUGGUCGAUUUAGAUCAUCUGGUGACAUCUCUCAUGGUCUUGUUGAAGGAUCCGGUCCCGUCUGUGCGAAUUAAAGCGUCUGAGACCAUGGGCCGAUUGGUCAAGUUUGCCUGAUGUCGGAAGACAGAACCACAACACCCAUGAUCCAAGCUGCUCCUCCGCGAUGAGGGCUGAGCUUCGUUCUAGCACAUUCCGAGCUUCCCUCGUGUCACCAGCAUGUGAUGUCCCGCGUCUCGUCUGCCUUCUCUUACCUCCUGGAUCUGCUCACAUUGACUUGAGGUCGUUCCUGAAGACCAGAAGCCUUGUGUUGGCCAUGAUGGUUACAGACUUGCUGCAAUAAAGACUUUGUGGGUUGCAAGUCCUGAUCGUUGGGCCCCUGUGACCCGCCUUGUUUUGUGUAGGUUCCUCGUCUGUGGUGGGGUGUGUGUAUAUUUGGCUACGUCCACGUUGCUGUAUAUUUCAGAAUGAUGGGGCUUUUCUAUUGUUUUGGCCUUGGAAGCAUCAGAAAAUAUGACUAUAUUAUUUUCACUAUGUUGGCGAGUUGUGUAUUAAGCUCAGGCGCAGUGUCUAAGGCCGCGGCCGCUCCGUCACGUGAAGGUGGAAUUUCAAAUGUUCCUUAUUGGCAGGAGAUGUGUAAGUAUCAGACAUGCCAAAUAUUAUUAUUAUAGCGUUAUGGAGGAGACCCGCCUGGAUGGGACGCAACACCGGUCACAG